AUGGUGUCUGAGGAAACGUACGAGCUGUGCCUGCACAUCCUGAACAAUGAGGAAGACAACGAGGAGGAAAAGGCCGAGAAGCUGGAGGCCUUCCUGCGCGAGCAGUCGUCCCUGACCGACUCCGCGCUCGAGAACGCCGUGCUCGACGUCCUCUGGCGGCACCGCAGCUCGUCCAUGGCCGAUGCCUCGCAGCCUCCCGUCCGGCACACAGUCAUUCGCCGCUCCUCCCCGGCGCCGUGGCAGAUGGCUCGCUCGGCCACGCCGCUGUCUCCUCCUUCGAACACUGGGUCCAGCCCAGUGACGACCCAGUCUGGCUUCCCCGUACCCCGUGGGGGAUUUCCUCGCGCGCCCAGAUCACUGACAGCAUCUCCCUUUACCUCUCCUCGACCGUCACCGCGGCUGGGAAAAGUGCUCCCCAUCCCGCACAGUCCCAAUCUCAGCACUUACUCCUUCUCGGAGCGUCCAGCUGCUCCCGAGAUAUACGGUGAUCUCGGCAGUGAUAACGUCGAUUGGCUGGUCAACGAGGAUGCAAGGAGCACCGCCUCGUCUACAGGUCUCAGUGCUGCUGCUCCAGAAUGGGUUGCGCCUCCGGACAUGAGUCCCUACGACAUUCUAAGGUCAGUGCUAGGCGAACGCAAGACCAACGAGGAGAUCGAGCAUGCCCUCGAGGCAAACGGGUAUGAUCUGGGAGCCACAAUUGCAUCUCUCACUGAACAGGAUCACCACGCCCAUGGCCAGCACCACCUGGAAACGCCGUCUCUCUCUUCCAGCAACGAAGGCCGCGUUCUGAUCGGCAAGUCUACGGCCAUGGAUCCAGCUCGGCCAUUGACGCCCUCCAGCUCUGCGCGGACUCCCGUUGUCUGUAAAUAUUGGUUGUCCACUGGCCAGUGUCUUCGCAUGGACUGUCGGUUCAGCCAUGAUCUCACCAGCCAUGUCUGCAAAUACUGGCUUAUGGGCAACUGUCUUGCAGGAGAGUCUUGUCCCUUCUCGCAUGAUCCGUCUUCUUUAAUAGGAGGCAUGAGCAUCAACAGCGACAACCUGAGCGUCUCUGGUUACUCUGCGCACGCAGCGUCGCAGCAGCAAAACAGCGUCUAUCCGCUGCAGGACAACUACGAGGCCUUUCCUCCUCUCCAACCUCCCUCGACCGCUUCUUCUGCUGCAACUGCCACCACCAACAGCAACAGCAUCGCCGACCAGUGGCACCAUCGGACCCAGAUGCAGUUCAUGGCCGGUAGCCCUCAGAUGAGGCCAGGCUCGUCGUCGAGCAUCAAAAACAAGAACAUGCUGAACCCGUCAGCUACACGUUCUCACUCGCGGCCUGGGAGCAAGCACCAGAGCCGCGAGCAGCCAGCCACCUCUGCUCCCGCAGUGGACGACCCUGAGGCGUUCCCGACGCUUCAGGCUCUCAACAGUCGUCCCGGCAAGAAACACCACGGUAAACGUGGUAACCAGCAUCGAGAGGCUACCAAGGCUGCCAGAGACGCGUCCGGUACGUCAUUAGCCGACGCAGUUCGCAUGUCCCCUUCGUCGAAGAAGGGAGCUCAGAAGGGAGCUCGAUCCUCUGCCGCCAAUAACACCAGAGAGAUCAGCGCGGAGGCUCAGGCCAUCCCGUCGCCAAAGCACAUCCCUUGGCUCGAAACCGGUGUCGAGUGGACGCAGCCUUACUUGAAGUACCGUGUGGAUGCCAUCACCCACGGUAACGUAAGGAACAAGUUCCUUCAAAGUGCUGCGCAAGCCUGGAACCGCAACGAUGCGCGGGCUGCUAAGGCCCUGUCGCUCCGAGGUCAGGCUGAAAACGAUGCUAUGCGUCGUUGCCACCGAGAGGCUGCCAGGCUGCUCUUCGAAGAGGGCCGUAAGCGCAUUGCCGAGAAUGACGAUGAGUUCUACGUUGACUUGCACGGUCUGGUCCCGACCGAGGCGAUCGCGUACCUCGACAACAUCCUGAAGGAGAGCUCUCAGCUGCGGGAGCACUACCUCUACGUCAUCACCGGUAGUGGGCACCAUAGCAAGAAUGGCAAGGACAAGGUUGGCAAGGCCGUCAAGGGCUGGCUGACGGAACACAGCUAUGUGUUCCGCGACUUCAGUGUGCCCGGCGAACGUGGUGGAUUUGUUGCCUUUGUCAUUGGCAUCAAUACUACGGCAACGACUAGCAGUGACAGAAAUUCACUAUCCCCGUCGUCCGCUGCCUCCAAGCCUCAGACCCAGACUCAGACUCAGAUGCAGACACAGAGCCAGAACCAGAACCAGAAUCAGAGCACCGACCAGCCCGCCGGAGAGAUCAGCAAGGCCGUUGCUGCUGCUGCUGCUGCUGCUGCCGCUGCCGCAGCUAGCACGAAUACUACUGAUCCAAACACCGCCACUAAUGACACUGGCGACGAAGAUGGAAGUGUGACUGCAGAAGGAUCCUCGUCAUCCCCCGAGCCUGGUCCCGUCCUCAAGAUGGGCAAGAUACAGCUACUGAAGCGAGAGGGAGCUGCAGCCAAAGCAUGA